AUGACGAGCAUCGAAAGCGACAGCUGCACAGGGCCUACGGAGGAAGCGCGAGGAAGCCAUAGAGACCGGCCCCGUGCCGGCGGCCAGCACCGUCGGUUAGAAGCAGCAGCAACCGCCCUCCCGCGCCUAGGGCCAGAGAACUUUCUGUUAGCGAACAGGGCUCUGCAAAAACAAUAUAAUUUUUUCCAAAACAAGCAAUUGAUGUUGUUUCAGUAUUCUGGAGCCCAUACAGACUUUCAACAGCCCAAGGAAAACUCAUUGGUAUCUGUUUCAGAUGAGCCAGACACAUUGUAUAAGAAACUGACUAUUUUGGUUAAAGGUCAUGACAGAGCUGUGUUGGACAGUUAUGAAUAUUUCAUACUGCUUGCUGCUAAAGGACUUGACAUUUCUGUUGAAAAGGUAGAAGAGCCGCCAAAGAAGAUUGAACGAUUAACCCUUCUGAAAUCAGUGCACAUUUACAAGAAGCACAGAGUUCAAUAUGAAAUGAGAACACACUACCGAUAUGUGGAGUUAAAGCAUUUAACUGGCAGCACAGCCAAGGUUUAUCUGGAAUACAUCCAACGAAACUUACCUGAAGGGGUUGCCAUGGAAGUUAAAAAGACUAAAUUAGAAAAGCUUCCAGAACAUAUUCACACGCCUGUGUGGGACACACUACCUCAAGUAGAAGAAACAGCAAGUCAACCAUGAGCGUACAUUACACUCAUUCUGAAACAAAUGAACCUG